AUGGCCACCAGUCGGCAACGUGGUUACGUUCAACCACUGUCGGGCGGAGAGGAGCAAGGCGGGCCCAUGUCCCCCUACGCGCAGCCUCGCCGGAUGGCCCCCGGCGGAGGGGGAGGAGGAGGGGACGGUCCCCCCGCGCGCAACCCUGGCCGCGGACGCCGCGUAGCCGGCGGCGGCGGCGGCGGCGGAGCCCCUCAGGCGCAAUUCACGAGGAUUAACUCGAUGAUCUACCAGCCGUCUCCGCAGCAAGAAGAGCAACCGGCAGAGCCCCGUUAUAAGCGCACUAUGUCUAUGGUCGCCCCCGCGCCGAACAACAAAACGCCCCCGCGCGGAGUUAGAGCAGCAGGCGCGGGGGGGCCGCAUGCCGGAGGGCCAGGCAUGGGCGCCGGGAGGGGUGGGCGGGGGAAGCUUCCACACUCGUCGUCCGUGGGCGGACCGGAAGGCGGAAUGCGCAGGGGGGUGGGCGCGGUCGGCGCGGGGGUGGAAGACCCUUUGGCGGACCAGUUUGGGCGGAGCAUGACGGUCGGAACUAAAGCGCCCACUCCGCGCGGACCUGGUGCGGGGAGAGGCGCUGGCGGAGGCGGCGGAGGCGGGCAGUUUGGCGGCGGAGAGCCGGAGAUCGGACGGUCGCUAACGGCCACUGACGGUCGGCACCGGUCGCCGUUAAGACAGAACCCGCACGCGACUGGGGGAAUGGGUGUUGGGGGGAUGAUCACCCCGCGGAGGACCCAGGCGCAGCAGAUGGUGGCGGGCGGAGGGCGCGGCGGAAUGGGCGGAAUGGGGGGGAUGGGGGCGGGUCCGGGCAGUCCGUACCGCCAACGCGCGGGGAGCGGGUUUUCGCAAGGCGGGUACAUGGAGGGAGGCGGAGAGUACAACGACGAAAGCGACGGGAUGUACGGCGAAGACGGUUACCACCAGAACAUGCAACGGUCGCGAUCUACCGGCAUGGGGAUGAUGGGCGCAGGCGGGCGCAUGGCGGGCGGGGGGAUGGCCAUGGGGGGAAUGGGCGGCGGAAUGCCCCCGCAUGCGCCUGGCGGAAGGGGAAUGGGCGGAGGGCGCAUGAGCAUGGGGGAAGAGCACUACUACACUUCGGACGCGUCAGAAGGGGGGCCCGGCGGGGGCGCGUAUCCGCGCAGCCGGUCGGUGAAUCCGCGCUUGGAGGGCGCGGCGGAAGCGGGGGGGAUGGCGGCGCAGGGGAAGGCGGGAAAGGCGGAGGUGGACCCGUCGGAACUCCCCAUGCUUCCCCCUCCGGGCAGCCCGCAAGUCGUGCAGUGCCAGCGCUGCUCUCAGCUAUUGGAGGUACCAGCAGCGCUCCCGCCGGCCAAGAAGGGCAUUCAGAAGCUCCGCUGCGGGAAGUGCAUGCGCGUCUCACGCUUCCGAGUCAACCCAGCAGACCCCCGCACUGCUGCUGCCGCUGCUGCUGCUGCUGCCGGCGGGGUUAGCGGCGGGGAGGGGUUUUCAGAUAACCCUGACGUGGCGGAUAGCGGGAGUGAGUAUCAGCAGAAUGAUUAUAUGCAGCAGCAGCAGCAGCAGCAGCAGCAGCAGCCUCCCAGGUCUCCUAGGCUGCUGCAAGGGUUGCCUAGCGGGGGAGGGUUUGGGAGAGGCAUGGGGGGAGGGAUGGGGGGAGGGGGAGGCGGAGGGGGAGCGCCCCCGCUUUCUCCUCGCAUGCAGCGUCCCGGUGGGGGGUUUGGCGGUCAGCAGAUGCACAAUCCAGGGCCAAGGGAGGGGGGUGGCAUGGGGGGAGGAGGGGGGAGUGGGGGGGAGGAACGGGCGACGUAUGCGCGGAGAGUGAUUGUGAAUGGGGAGCCAAUCCGGGAUGACUAUGUUUCUGUGGUGGAGCAACGAGCAGGGAACAUUCACCCAGGCAAUUACUGGUACGACCAGGUCGCAGGGUUCUGGGGCGAGAUGGGCGGCCCAUGCCUCGGCAUCAUCCCACCGGGAAUUGAGUUUGGGACGCCGAUCCCGGUGGACUGUGCGGGAGGUGCGACGCGGGUGUAUGUGAACGGGAGGGAGCUGCACAAGAAGGACCUGGACCGGCUCAUGAAGAGGGGGCUACCAUCGAAGCCCAACAUGUCGUACCGAGUGGAGAUCAAUGGGAGCGUGUAUGAUGAGGAGACGGGCGACUACCUCCUCAGCCUGGGGAAGCUCGCACCCUCGUGA